GGCCUUGAUUGCAUGCGGGCGGGCGGGUCAUUGUUAUUCUUACCGUUUUUUGCUUUGGUUAUUCCAACUCAUCAGGUUAUUCCUUCCCUCUCUCUCUUCUCAACUUCCUUCUAUUUCUCUGGGGAUGGCACAAUUAGCUUUUUCCUUUUGCCUUGCCGUUCCCGAUACUUGUCAAGUCCGAGAUGGAGAAGACUCAUUCCGAGAUUUGCGGAAUGCCUGUGGGACACUUGCAAGUCAAAAGCCGCAUAUCACAGCGCAAUUUACAAACGAGUUCUUCGCCAAAGCCAACCCUAGUCUUUCCAAACAAAUAUCAGCUUGCAACAUCACACUGAGUGGUCCAGCUGCACUUGUUCUCUCGGCACGCGGAGAAUUGUUACGAGAUAAUCCCAUCAAGAUCAAUUUGAUCAUACGACCCUCUGCUCAAGAUAUCUAUGUCGACACAUUGAGUCAAGAACUCAAGCCAGUCGUGCAGCAAGGGUUUGAAAAAAUCGAGGCGGAUACCGAAACCCACAUCCGCGUCAGCAACUUGGGAGGGAAAUGCACCAUCACUGUACACGGUGUGAUUGAACAGGCGGAGAAAGCGCGUGUACAAGUGCUUGUGUUCCUGGAUAAUAUGGCUGGUUUGCGCACGGACACUUUGGAUAUGCCCCACAACCUCCAUAGCGUGGUGUGCGGAAAGAAGCGAUGCUACUUGCAGUCCAUCAGCAAAGAGACAGCUACCAAUAUUUAUCUCCCUUCUGUGUUUCUUUCCAUGGCAAAUCAGGAUCGAACAUCGGCAGCCGAAAAGCCUGCUACCAUACAUAUUACCGGAGAUUCAGUCGGAAUUGCUAGAGCCAAGGACAUGCUCACAAAGCUGUCACUCCAAAAGGCCAACUCCAUGUAUCACAAGGAUUCCAUCCUGCAUCCACGAAAAAUAGACUGGAUGCUAUUACAGCGACGGGAUGAAUUACGAAAUAUCAUGCAGGACAACGGUUCUUUUAUCGCACUACCUGCUAUUGGCUCUGGAAAUAACACCAUCACCGUGUACGCAGAGAAUCGCGUCAACGUCGAACGAACCUUGCGUUCGCUCAAUUAUCUGGCAUGCAAUGUAUACCAGGCUACGUUUUUCUUUAAGAAUCCCAGCGAGUCAGGCGCAUUUAAUCCAGACGACAAUAGUAAUAUUUUUAGCUCACUGGAAAACGUAGGCAAACUGGUUGCUCAGCUAGCCCAAGCCUCUGGAGCAGAAGUUGCAUACAAAAGCGACCAAGGAUGCAUUGAAGUGUUUGGAACCGAGCGCGCUGUUCGAAACGUAUAUCAAAUGUUGUAUGACAUGCCUUUCCUCAAAAUGUACCAUCAAGAUACUAUCUUCGAUGUAGAGUUGGCAAACGAUCAACGAGAGUUUAUCAGUGGAAAGAAAAAUGGAAAGAUCAACAAGAUCAUGAAAACCUGUGGAGUCAAAAUUCGAUUUUUGCCAUUCAGCGAAUAUAAUUUUGUCAUUGAAGUCAGCAGUACCAAUUUUGCCAAAGCUCUGGAUGGACUUACAUUAAUGCAAGAUGAACUGCCUGCCGAAAUCUCCUUUUCUGUUCCAGAGGUCUAUCAUCGCCGAAUCAUAGGAGUGGGAGGCAAAAACAUUCAACGCAUCAUGAAAAAAUAUGGCGUUUACGUGAAGUUUUCUGGAGCCGAAGAGUUCGCUUCCCUGGGUGGCUAUUACAGUAACGAAGAUAAUGUGGUAGCUCGUACGCCUAUGAAAAACCAAAUCAAUCUGGAUAAUCUUAAACAUGCCGUCAUGGAACUUAUCAACCCAAGAGACAAAGACUUUAUCACACAGUCGCUUUAUAUUCCUUCCAGAUUACAUCGAACUUUGCUACAAAAUCAUGAUUUGGAACUGCAGGACGUCGAACAAAAGGCAAACUCUAAAGUCCAUUGGCCCGACAGAGAACUGGCUUGCGACAAGGUUCAAGUCACUGGACCUCAGUUUCAGAUUCAUUUAGUCACUCAGUUCUUGAACCAACUGGUGCCAGAGGAGCAUUUUAUCACUGCCCCAGAUACACCAGAGCUACGUGAAUUGUUGAACUCUGCGGAUUUCAAAAACCUGGUGAUGAAGAUCAAGACCGAUCAUGACUUUACCGUUUGUGUGCCUACUCUUGAAGAGUCUACUGAGCCUGCCUCGUUAGAAAGCUCCUCAACACCCAAGGCGGGAACUAAAGCUCCUGAAGAAGCAAAGAUUGUUAUUCUGCUCAAAUUUACCCAAAAUAUCAUCGACGCUCUGCCACAUGCUCUGAAUGAAUUGACUGAUUUCUUGAAGAAUCACGGUAUUAACCCGUCCAUUCAAGAUUUGAACCCUAGUGACCUUGCCAGUUGUCCCAGCGAUUCAUUCGACGAUUCGCUAUUGAAGUUCAAUAGUGAAUCUCUUGCGAACAUCGAGUCGCCAGAUGUCGGUUUGUCUAGUUACAGCUUAUUUAACCACCCUAGUGGUAGUGCUUUUGGAGCCUCAUGGGGAAAUUUUGGUCCUGGUCGUGAAGGUUCUAGCAACUUCAAUGAGGGACCUAAGCAAGGUUUACCAGAUAGUCCUAUUCGAGCGAUCUUUGAAGAGACGGGUGGAUCCGAAGGGGAUCUGAGAAUUCCAAGGCAAUCUGAAAGACAAUCUCAGAAGCCAUCGUUGUCAACGUCAACCAGUACUUCUAGUAGCAUAUGGAGCAAUGCUCCCAAUCCCAGCCAGCCGUCUUCGUUUUACACUCAAGGUAUGGAUUUGAGACCUCGAUCGGCCGGUUAUGAUACAACGGCUUUCAGCGGGAUCAUACCUGGAAAUACCUUUGGCUAUCGUCCAAGUCAAACCCCCACGGGGCCGUCAAGAAGCUCGACGAUGCAUGAUAUUAGACGCAUGUCACAAGUACCGCCUCCUAAUGCUCUGACAUCUUCCUAUUCCACUGGAACGAUCAAUAGCGGGAAGGCUGCUUCGCAGCGAUCACUUCCUGAAUCCAUUCUCAAACGAGAUCUCCUUAGCUUCCAACAAUAUCAAUACCAGCAACAACAUAACCAAGAUGACCCAUCACCACCCACUGUACGCCCAAAGAUACCGCCACCUGGAUUCCAAUACGGAAAAGUAUUUGGUCCAGGAGAUGCUACUCAACCAGAUAACAGUUGGGAGGAGAUGAAUAGUAGAAGCUUUCGCCCAACCUUUCAGCCUUGAUCCAUUUCCACUGCACCCAAAAGCAUCGUUUCCUACGCAACAUCUUAACGGCCGGAGUCCAGGCUUUGAUAUCUAGAUUAUUUACUUUAUUCCAACCCCUUCUAUGGAUCAUGCCAUAUCAUGCCUUCCUUUCUACCGAGCACCAACAACCUCAGUGUGGUGCCAAGGCAUGGCUUUAAUUUCCUUGUAAGCAUUUGUUCAGUGUCCUUUUUUAUUGCUAUGUUCCAAA